AUGGUCACAGUGAGAUCAGUCUUAUCUAUAGCAGCUGCAAGAAGUUGGCACAUACACCAAAUGGAUGUUUACAAUGCAUUCCUACAGGGAGAUCUCACAGAUGAGAUUUAUAUGACAUUGCCACAGGGAUUUCAGAGUCAGGGGGAGAAUAAAGUAUGUAGACUCAUAAAAUCCCUGUAUGGUCUAAAGCAGGCACCAAGACAAUGGAAUGCCAAAUUAACAGAAGCUUUGCUAAGGUUUCAGUUUGUCCAGAGUAAAUAUGAUCAUUCCCUGUUCAGUAAGAAAACAGACAGAGGUACUACAGUGGUACUCAUUUAUGUUGAUGAUAUGCUAAUAACAGGUGACAACUUAGAACUCAUACAAGAUACCAAAACUGCACUACAAAAUGCCUUCAAGAUAAAGGACUUGGGUGAACUGAAGUAUUUUCUAGGGAUUGAAUUUGCAAGGUCAGAAAAAGGAAUAUUAAUGCAUCAAAGAAAAUAUGCAUUAGAACUAAUUUCUGAGCUUGGUCUAUCAGCUGCAAAACUAAUAGAAACACCUAUGGACUGUAACUCAAAGCUCACAACCAAGGAAUAUGAUGAACAUCUAUCAACUAUCUCAAGUACUAAGGAUGAAGUCAUAUCUGACAUAGGCUCAUAUCAAAGACUCAUUGGAAAGCUCUUAUAUCUCACAGUCACAAGGCCUGAUAUUGCUUACAGUGUGCAGAAUCUAAGCCAAUUCUUACAACAACCAAAAAGAUCUCAUAUGGAAGCUGCACACAGAAUAGUUAAAUAUGUCAAAAAUGAGCCUGGUCUAGGAGUACUCUUGUCAAAUAAACCACAAGAUAACAUCACAGCCUUCUGUGAUGCUGACUGGGCAGCAUGUCCACAAACAAAGAGAUCAGUUACUGGUUUCUUGGUAAAGAUUGGAGAUUUAACUGUGUCAUGGAAAUCAAAGAAACAAACUACAAUUUCAAGGAGUUCUGCUAAAUCUGAAUAUAGAAGCAUGGCCUCAGCAGUAGCAGAACUGACAUGGAUACUAGGAAUGCUCAAAGAAAUUGGAUUCAAAGUUCAACUUCCUGUAACCAUAUACAGUGAUAGCAAAGCUGCAGUUCAAAUUGCAGCUAAUCCAGUCUUCCACGAAAGAACAAAAUACAUUGAAAUAGAUUGCCAUUUCAUAAGAGAGAAAAUACAACAAGGUCUAGUGAAGACAUAA